AUGGGUCGAAAUAAGCUUCCAAUGAAAAGAAUCGAGAACAACACAAGCAGAUUGGUCACAUUUUGCAAACGUAGAAAUGGACUCAUUAAGAAGGCUUAUGAGCUCUCGGUUUUAUGUGAUAUCGACAUUGCUCUCAUCAUGUUUUCUCCAUCAGGUCGCCUUAACCACUUUUCCUGUAAACGAAGAACCGAAGAUGUACUCAAUCGAUUCGUAAAUCUCUCCGACUCUGAUAGAGGAAGUGUGAUUCAACAUAGAGAGUAUUUGAACAGCCUCCUAAGCAAGAUCAGGAGUGAAAAUGAUUUGGCCAUCCAUAUUCCUUGGAUAUUUGAGCCAGAUCCAACGAACUUUACAUCACUUUAUGAUUAUGAAUCCUAUGAGAAGUUACUUUAUAAGACAUUGGACCAAGUUACACAACGCAAGGAAUAUUUGUUAAGUAACCAGCCACCUGCAUACCAUUCAAGUGUAUUACAGGCAAAAAAGUAUAACACUAUAAAUGCAAGUUAUGUAAGCAUGAUAUAUAAAAAUACCAUGGGAGAAAGUUCAUCCAAAAAUGAGGAUCUCAAUUGUUGGCCCGAAAAUGUUUGUGAUGGUACAAAUCGAAUGGAUGGACAAACCCACGCAAAUAUGUUUACCUCAAGUUCACCUGAAAACACCUAUGAAGUCACUAGGAACCAAUUGUCAGAUGCAAUAUUUGACCCAUUGCCAAAAUCAACAAUGAAUGAGGAACCACAUAGCAUUGAAGGGUUUCAGGGUUGUAACCAAGAGAGCCUGUGGCAUCAGUCAACUGAUGAGCUGCUAUCUUCUCUUAUGACACAUGAUGUCACUUUCUCAGUGACCAAGGUUCCUGAUUUAUAA